UCUCAUACCACAAACCCUAACUUGAAGAUUCAAGAACAGGGUCUCAAUAUUUCACUGAGAAAUUCAAUUUUCGCCGGAAAUUCUUCAUCUUUAAACGCAAUGUGGGUCAGAGACCGGAGCUUUCAACGCGCCGGGUUCUUCACGCCGCCGCCGCGGAAGUCAGGGCCGGCGAACCCUCCUCCGAUGUCGGAGAGGAAGAGAGUGUCGCCAAGGUGUGAUCUUUUUCACGUUGCGCAUAAAGUCCCCGCCGGCGACUCGCCGUACGUCAGAGCCAAGCAAGUUCAGUUGAUAGACAAGAAUCCCAGCAAGGCCAUAUCCCUCUUUUGGGCUGCAAUAAAUGCCGGAGAUCGAGUUGAUAGUGCAUUGAAAGACAUGGCAGUGGUCAUGAAACAAUUGGAUCGAGCUGAGGAGGCGAUUGAGGCCAUUAAAUCCUUUCGGCAUCUCUGCCCCUAUGACUCCCAGGAGUCUCUUAACAAUGUGCUAAUCGAACUGUACAAGAGGGCAGGAAGGAUUGAAGAAGAGAUUGAAAUGCUUCAGUCCAAACUGAAACGUAUGGACGAAGGCACAGCCUUUAAUGCAAAGUGGACAAAGACUGCGAGAGCUCAAGGGAAAAAGGUUCAAAUCACUGUUGAACAGGAGAGAGCAAGGGUACUUGGGAACUUGGCAUGGGCUUACAUGCAGCAAGGCAAUUACACUACUGCCGAAGAACAUUACAAGAAUGCUCUGGCACUGGAGCCAGAUAAGAACAAGCAGUGCAACUUAGCAGUCUGCUUGAUGUGCAUGAACAGAAUAACAGAAGCAAGACAUCUGCUUCAAGCUGUAAGAAACUCAUCUGGAAAUAAACCAAUGGAUGAAUCUUAUGCCAAGUCCUUUGAACGUGCCUUUGAAAUGUUGACUGAACUAGAGCAGCAGUCAGUAUUAAAAACAAUUCAACCGAACGAGAAUUACUGCACUGGAAUUUCAAGAACCCCCAAUCAUUAUGUUUCUCGUUAUAUGCCUAUGCCUCCCAGAAGGUGGACAGAUGGACCUGAAUGUGCAAAUGUGUUAGCUAAUGAACAGCAUAGAGGAUCAUUGAGACCUGGAAGCUGUGCAAAGUCUUUUGAUAAAUGGAAGAAAGAUCAUGGUGUCGAAAAUGCAGGUGAUAGCAAUCCUAAUUUUUCCAGCAAUAUGAAGGAGAAUCGGGGUGGUAUGGGUGGAACAGAAGUGAAUCCACAUGAAAACGCAUAUGUUUCUCCGGUUAUAUAUACACAGCCAAGAAGGCCUUGCGGAUUUCAUGAUGGACAUCAGAGAAGGGAGAUAUGGGGAAAUGGUGUUGGCAGAAAUGUUCGAGCACAUGUUGUUAGAAAUCUGAACGCAGACUUGCGUGGUAACAUAAGAAGAGUUUCUUCGGAUAAUGAUGGUAUAAAGAAAUCUGCAGCAGGAUCACAAGUGGUUGAUGAAAAUGGAAAAGCACUGCUGCUUUCUAUUGAUGAAGGUGAGAGUCAGAGUUCUGACACAACAGUUUUAGAAAGCAUGAAAAAUAUGAAUGCUUCAGUGGAAGAUGAUUGCUUGGGACACAACAGUUCUAGUACAGUAGAAAAUGUCCAUCAGUCCCCUGCAGAAAAUGAAAAGGCAACACAUCAUCAGUCCGCAGCAGAAACCCCCCAUCAGUCCCCAAUAGAAACUGAAAAGCCAACCCCUGAUUUUUGGAAGUACAGUGGUAAGAAAAGCUGGGCAGAUAUGGUGGAAGAAGAAGAAGAACUGCGUAGUGGAAGAAAAACAGGGUAUUUUGAUAAUGGAGACGAGUCCGAUGAUGAAAAUAGGAAUCCUAACAUCAUGACUCCUCAGAGUCUGCAGUUUCAAACUCAAGUGAAGGAUAUGAGUAAAAAGGCUGAAUCAGUUGAUGUAAAAGGUGUUACAUCUGGAAAUGCUAGCUCACCAAGGAAGCCUACCACAAGCCGCUCUUUGGUUUUUGAUAAGCAACAGGAGUCAGAAUCAGUAGAUUACUUCAGUACAUCACCUAUUGCAAAGGAGGCUUUAAAUGGAAAGAGUUCUAUUUACAGCAAUAAUUUGAAGCUGAAGAGAAGAAACAGGCUGCAGAGUUUCCAGGAUAUAACCAAUUGAUGAUCACAGAACUUGGGGGAUAUCUCAUCUCUCUAUAUUGAUUCUUUUCUGUAAAUUUUUACUAUCUCAUUUGUCAGUGCCUCACUGCCUCAGUGGUGCUUC